UAUGAAGAAGACAGAGUAAUCGUGUAUUUUUCCAAAAACGCAUAGAUGGAUAUGUCACCGCAAACUAAAAGAAAAACUGUAGAAACACCACGGUAAAGUUUGUUAGAAAAUGCGUGACAUAAAAUGUUCAUGAGUAGUACUUUCUAGAGAAGGAGAGUACACUUUAGUCGAACUGAAGGUGUGUGAAAACAGUUGACUUGUUUUCCUGUGAAGUUCACGAAAAGGACAACAGCAGCCGUGCAUACUGGGCUCAAAGAACGUGGAUCUAACUGGGCUCCUAUUAUUGCUUGUGUAAGUCUGUCCUUUCAAAUCAAUCGGCACCAUCAUUGUAUUGCCCUGGCGAGCCGAUCCAUCAUUCAUCAUCCACAGUUGACUUGAUGUUCCAUAUCAACCGCGUCUUCAUACCAGAGUACCAACAAUGGCCUGCGAUAUGAUUGAGAUUUCCCACCAUAUCAAUGCGAAUCAUAAGCAAGCCUGCAGUGACCUGGAGAAGGCCAGUCUAUUCAUCACAGAAGCAUUGGAGAGUGAGAUCCAGAGGAACACAACUCUGUGCAUGUUAAUCCACCGUCUGGAAGAGAGGGCAGCUGAGAAUGGAAGGAGCCAAUCAGAGCAGGUGGAGUCAAACCGGCAGCUGAAGCUCCAGGUGGUUGAACUACAGAAACAAUUGGAAGACAAAGACAACUCACUAACACAAGCCAAACAGAGUAUUGCUGUCCUGAAGAAUGAACUGGGGGACCUGAAACAGCAGCUGCAAACCCACCAGAGUAAUCACAGCCUGGUUGGCCUAGGCAUGACGGACAGACAGAUCCAUCAGGGUGAUCACAGGAUGACUCAGGAAGUGAAUGAGUGGCAACAGGAUGAGAGCCCGCCCAAUAUUGUGACAGAAGAGGUUGGUGUCCAGCAGAAUGAUCUUGUUGCACUUAAAGAGGAAGAUAAAGAUGAUUGGUAUCCAUUUAGUCAAUCAGAUGAAAUGGACACCUCCUCAGAACAAACCACCUCCUCAUCUGCAGACAUUACAAUUCAACUCUUACAGGAAGAAGAUGAAAAGCUAGACAUGACUCCAGUUGUCAGCUCUGAUCUAGAUCCAGUCGAGUUUUUGAGAUCAUCAGUGCAACUGAUUCACUGUUGUGCAACACAAGGUCAGCAAAGAACAACAAGCCAGAAUAAUGAAGAUGGAGAAAACCCCAAUGAUUCUGUCCCAGAGACAGAGGUGGAUAAUGGGAGGCCAUGCAAGUCUUCUGUCUGUGGAGAGGAUUUCUCCAGAAAGUCAGCAAUGGAAAAACACCAACAGGACAUUCACACAGGAGAGGAGCCUCAUCUCGAACAAGACCAGUGCACAGGAAAUGCGCCGCACCACCACAAACAUCAUGGCAAACGUGUAAAUCAUCAUCAAACGCACACUGACACAGGGGCCAAGAGCCACCAAUGUGAUCAGACUUUCAAGCAAGCAACGCACCAGCUCAUCCACACAGGACAGAGACCGUAUCAAUGUACUGUAUGUAACAGAGGUUUUAAUCGGUUGGAGCAUCUCCAACUGCACCAGCGCCUUCACACAGGGGUCAAGCCCUACCACUGCAGACAAUGUGGCAAGUCAUUCACACAAGCAGGAAAUCUGAAGAGGCACCAGCUCAUCCACACAAAACGGAGACCGUAUCAAUGUCCUGUAUGUAACAGAGGUUUUACCCAGUUGGGGCGACUCGGAACACACCAGUGCAUUCACACAGGAGAUAAGCCCUACCACUGCCAACAAUGUGGCAAGUCAUUCACACAAGCAGGAUACCUUAUUAGGCACCAGCUCAUCCACACUGGACAGAGACCGUAUCAAUGUACUGUAUGUAACAGAGGUUUUACUCGGUUGGGGCAACUCAGAACACACCAGCGCAUUCACACAGGGGAGAAGCCCUACCACUGCCGACAAUGUGGCAAGAGUUUCCCACGAGCAGGAUCCCUCACGAGGCACCAGCUCAUCCACACAGGAGACAGACCACACACAUGUCCAGAAUGCGGCAAAUUGUUUAGACAUUCGUCAACUCUCAAAACGCACCUGCACCUUCACACAGGUGAGAAGCCAUACUUCUGUUUAGAGUGUGGUAAACGAUUCUCCAAAGCAGAUCACCUCAGGGUGCACCACCUCAUCCACACAGGGGAAAAACCAUAUCAAUGUACCCAGUGUGGCAAAUUCUUUAGACAUUUAGGAUAUCUGAAAACACACCGACUCACCCACACAGGAGAGAAGCCACAUCAAUGUCCGGAGUGCAGCCGCUGCUUUAGCUAUUUGGGAAGUCUGAAAAAGCACCAACGCAUCCACACAGGAGAGAAGCGCUACCACUGUUUAGAAUGUGGCAGAGGUUUUUCUCAGGUGCCGCAACUAAGAAAGCACCUAGGCACUCACACAGGAGACAAGCCCUCUAACUAAGAAAGCACCUACGCCUUCACACAGGAGACAAGCCCACCCAACCACUGUAAAGUGAGGCAAACAUGUAAAUGUACUAUGUCGCCACACAUGCGUGUUGUCUAUUUCCUUUCAAAAUUUAAAUGAAAUGUAUGUACACUAUUGACUUCAAAGAAAACACUAAAAACAUUGUCUAAUUCA